GGCCGUUAGGAGGGGCAGGCACAGCCCGCGAGUCGCGGCAUGGGGCAGCCGGAAGCACUGACGGGUGCGAUGCUCCGGCCAGGUCGCAGCCCCAGCCCUCGUGAGCAAUGCGCUGGAUUCCAGGAACUUUAGGAGACGUCUCUCCUUUGGCGAUGGCGCGGGGCGGGGCCAGAGGGUGUCCGUGCCCGUCGGACACAUCCGCUUCCGGGGCCACGGCCGUCAGACUGAGGGGCUCGGCGGGUCGACCAAGCUACGCUCGGUGUCGCACCCCACAAACCAAACUCCUUAAGAAUCGGCUACCUCUGCUUUGUUGUCGAUCUUCUCCGCCAAUCAUGCUGGAACAUCUGAGUUCGCUGCCCACCCAGAUGGAUUACAAGGGGCAGAAGCUAGCUGAACAGAUGUUUCAGGGGAUUAUUCUUUUUUCUGCAAUAGUUGGGUUUAUCUACGGGUACGUGGCUGAACAGUUUGGGUGGACCGUCUACAUAGUUAUGGCCGGAUUUGCUUUCUCGUGUUUGCUGACACUUCCUCCGUGGCCAAUCUAUCGCCGGCAUCCCCUGAAGUGGUUACCUGUUCAAGACUUAGGCACCGAAGACAAGAAAUCAGGGGACAGAAAAGUUAAGAGACAUGCUAAAAAUAAUUGAUGCGAGCUUUCACGACUCAGACUCAGCGCCCACUUUGCUUUCGUUUCCUGUAAAAUGAGCUGAAUGGCUCUCAUAACCAAAAUGUGAGCUGUGUAGAGAUCCAGCUGUGCUUGUCUCAUUCUCAUCCAGCCGGUUUUAACUUACAGCUAUUUUAUUCCAUCUCUUCAUAAUCGUGCCGUGGAGAUUAAGUGGAAUAUAAGUGUGCAAUGUUUCUUUCAGCAUAUGACGAAUAAAAUCUCCUAACCGGUA